GGUGGCGCUCUCGACGAUCUGUCAAGCUCGGUGUUUACAAAGAAAAUUCUUAGAAAAGCAUCCAGAAACUCGCUUUUUCCGCGAAAAUUCGUGGAAAAUCCUACCUGAAUAGUUGUUCAGUGUAUUCGUCUUGCUGUAGUGACCUGAGAGGAGGAUGAAAAUUCCUGACACCCGUAAAAUAUCACCAGACAAAGAUUCCCAGAGCGCUGUCAUGUCGAAAGUCAGUGAGAUCUUUGCGAAUAUCUUCUCCCGAUCGGCCAAGGUGGCUUCCGGGAGCGCUUCUGGUGGUAUUUUAAGGAGUGACGCUGGUCCCAUGGCACCUCGCACUGAUGAUGAGAUUGAGGAAGCGGCACUGGAGGAGAGAAACAACUCAGAAGCUUCAUUUCCGUCAAUUCCUCCAACGCCUUCUAUGGAGAUCGUGAGGCAGGAGUCCCAGAUCAGCAUUCCGGAGACUCCGUCGCCACUUCUGCCAGUGGCGAGUACAUCUAGAGAGAGGAAGAAUCAACUUGAUGUCACCCAGGUGAACAACACUCAAGCUUGCAAUGUCUUCCAGUUUUCAAAUGUGAAUAAUCUUCAUAUUGGCUCCGUUUAUAACAUCUCUACGGAGCCGGGAAGAAUCUCUCCGAGGCAGAGAAGUGGCCAAAGCGGCGAGCGCAUCUACAGGAAGACGCCUUCGAUUGAUGCAAUGAUGAAGAGUCAGGAGAAACUUGAGCACGAGCACAUUGAAAUCAUCGCCACGCACUUGGGCGAGGAUUGGAGGAACGUGGCGAGGGAUUUGGGUUACUCUCAGGGACAGAUUGAUCAGCUGAUGGAGGAUAAUCACAUCAGUGGCGUGAAGGAGGUGAUUUAUCAGAUGAUUCUCGGGUGGACUCAGGAGGACACGACAGCCACUCUGGGCAGAAUUACAGAGGUCCUCUGGCGACGACGACCGCACCAGGAAGUCGUCUACUACCUGAAGGAGUACUGGAAGAAGGCCAACAGAGCAAAAUCCCGGCGACAGUCCGAGAUUAGCACUGAAUCAACAGAUUGAUUAUACAUUCCGCACUUCCCA